CUGCUGUUAACAUGGGAAGAUACUUUGCCGGAUUUUAGCUUGGUAACGUGCUCAGCUACUCUCAAGAUCUAAACACAUGGAACAAGUUUACAACCAGCCUUAAUUUUCACGAUCAAAACGCUGAUUUUUUUGACCCGCACAGCACACGUAGGGAGGCUGAUAUUCAUCCCUCAUCUUCCCAGGGAUCCCUCAGCCUGCCCUGAUGAAGCCCGAGCAAGACGGAGACCUCCUGGAAGAGGACUCCCCUCAGGAGAAUGGAGUCCACACAAACCAGUACAGCUCCAUCUCUCCUCCUGCCUCACCUGUGGCCCAGGAUGAACCCUUCUCCACGUACUUUGAAGAGAGGGUGCCCAUUCCAGACAGUGAAAACCAGUUGUUCAGUUUCCGUAAACUCUGGGCUUUCACUGGACCGGGGUUUUUGAUGAGCAUUGCUUAUUUGGAUCCCGGGAACAUCGAAUCAGACCUGCAGUCUGGAGCUGUAGCUGGCUUUAAGCUCCUAUGGGUUCUCCUUGUAUCCACUAUCAUCGGGCUGCUGUUGCAGAGGCUGGCUGCUCGCCUCGGGGUGGUCACAGGGAUGCACCUGGCUGAAGUCUGCAACCGCCAGUAUUCCACUGUUCCUCGCAUCAUCCUCUGGCUGAUGGUGGAACUGGCCAUUAUUGGCUCAGACAUGCAGGAGGUCAUUGGCUGUGCCAUAGCUCUCAACCUCCUUUCUGUGGGCAGGAUCCCACUGUGGGGAGGAGUUCUCAUCACCAUCACAGACACAUUUGUGUUCCUUUUUUUAGACAAAUAUGGACUGAGGAAACUUGAAGCUUUCUUUGGCUUUCUGAUCACUGUAAUGGCUCUUAGUUUUGGUUAUGAGUAUGUGCUGGUAAAACCGGACCAGGGGGAGUUGCUGAAGGGUAUGUUUGUACCCUACUGUGCCGGCUGUGGGCCUGUGCAGCUGGAGCAGGCAGUGGGAAUUGUAGGUGCUGUCAUCAUGCCCCACAACAUCUACCUGCAUUCAGCCUUGGUCAAGUCUCGGGAAGUCGAUCGCAGAAAUAAAAAGGAAGUCAAGGAAGCCAACAAGUACUUCUUCAUUGAGUCGGCUAUCGCCCUCUUUGUCUCCUUCCUCAUCAAUGUGUUUGUCGUCGCAGUCUUUGCUCAGGCCUUCUACAAUAAAUCCAACAUAGAGGUGAAUGCAGAGUGCAAUGCAACUGGCAGCCCUCACACAGAUCUCUUCCCUCUUAACAACAACACACUCGAAGUGGACAUUUACAAAGGGGGGAUCGUCUUGGGGUGUUUCUUUGGACCAGCAGCUCUCUACAUCUGGGCUGUCGGUAUUCUGGCAGCUGGACAGAGCUCCACCAUGACGGGCACGUACUCUGGACAGUUUGUGAUGGAGGGUUUCCUGAACCUGCGGUGGUCUCGUUUUGCACGGGUGCUGCUGACCCGCUCCAUCGCCAUCACGCCUACACUGCUGGUCGCCAUUUUCCAGGAUGUUCGGCAUUUGACUGGGAUGAAUGAUUUUCUGAAUGUGCUGCAGAGCCUACAGCUUCCAUUUGCUUUGAUCCCAAUUCUGACUUUCACAAGUCUGAAAUCCAUAAUGAACGACUUUGCCAACGGAUUGGGGUGGAAGAUUUCGGGAGGUAUCCUCAUCCUGGGCGUUUGUGCAAUCAACAUGUAUUUUGUGAUUGUUUAUGUGACGGCGCUGAACAGCGUGGUGCUCUAUGUUUUAGCUGCUCUCAUCUCUGUAGCCUAUCUGGCCUUUGUGGCAUACCUGGCUUGGCACUGUCUGGUUGCCCUGGGCGUCUCCUGCCUGGACUGUUGUAGCAGGAUGCAGCUGGGAGUGUCGCGUCACACAGACAUGUACUUACUGAACGAUAUGGACUCUAAUACAUUGGUGGACAGAUGAAGGACACUCAGAGCAGGUGCUUGACUGUGGUGUAGACACCGUUAGAUGACCCGACUGAAGCGUGGGACCACUGAAACUCGGCUAGUAUGUGUUAGUCUUCACCCCCUCAGUGCCUGAGGUGUUUUUAAAGUGUCCUUACAGAACGCCCACAGAUGAUCGUGACGUUUUCAUUCACAAAUAUCUCCGGCAGCUUUGGCUCUUGCAGAAGAAUAAUGUUUAUGAAAGCAGUGUUUAAUUAGAAGAUGUGUUUAAACAGUUGCUGUGGCUGUAACUAUAUAAGGUUAAACACUACAGCCAUGAAGCAGACAAAAUAAACUGACAGUGCGUGAUGUUGAAUUGCCCGAGUCGUAAUUCAGAGAAAUAGUGGUGCGCUCGAGGCUGCACGCUAUCCCACAUGAAGGUGCUCAUGGUUUUUGUUUUAAUUACCCUUUUAACUUGUUCCUGUUUUACCUCACAUGAUCUUAAAAAGAGAUCUCAUUGGAUCUUUUAGACAUCCCCACAUAGUCACAACAAGAAGGCAGAAAACCAAUCGCACUCGAGCGCUGAAGGGUUAAUUUAUAUGAUGUUAAAGUCAAAAGCAGCUGCAUUAUGGGUUUUUUAUUUGUUCAAGACAAAGAGAUUCCUGUUACUCUAUUUAACACUGCUAUAAUGAGAUUCAGUUAGAUGUUAAUAUUAGACCAAUAAAUUGAUAGAAUAUAUUGAAUAUGUACAUAACCCUUGUUGAUCUUAUUUAUGUGUCAUUAGUCAACAUUUUUGCCCCAUUUUUAAGUCUCUUUUAAUAUAUUGCAUAUAAAAGACGGUGACAGUUUUAUGUCACUCUCAUUCUGCAGCUGCUUCUUCGUUGAGAUGAAUCCCUCCAAACUUUCUUUUUCAAAUUAAUUUAUUUUUUAAGUAUUAAGUAUUCAAGAUCUCCUUGCUGCAGUGGGAUUUAAUAAGUGUCCGAAAAUAUAUUUUUUUAAAAGAUGCAGACUUUAAAUUAAAUGUUAAGGUGUCCAGCUUUAGCACAUUUACAUUCCCAUUAAAUGCAGCAGUGGUUCAAUAUGACUGAUCAGUGCAGAGAUCAGAGUCCAGUCAGCUCAGUGUUUCUCUUUUGUUAAUUAAUUUUUGUGUUAUUCAUUCUUCCCUUUUAUUGUUCUUAGUUUUUCUUCAAAGUUAAUCUUAUGGUCAGUUUAUUCCGGUAUUUUAUUUAUGCUGCUUUGUCUAGUAUGUUGUUUUGUUUGAUUUUUUAAAUGCUUUUAUGUAGUUUAGCUUUGGCUUUUGAGAGCGUUAGAGCUGCCUUUUUUCUUUUUUUGAUUAUGCCAAAUGUGCACAGAGGUGUGAUGUUCACUGUGUUAUCUACAGAGAAACAAAGCGAUUGUUUAAUUCUGAAAUCUUACUGGGAGAGUAAAAUUGGCAGCUGAGGGGAGCCGGUGGAAAACGGUGUAGCUCCAAGCCAUCGACUCUGGUAUUUCUUGUUGCUGGAAGCUGGUUUUCAAGUCCUGGUGGAGUUUGUUUCCAAUAUCAGAGAAGACAGUGCCUAACAUCAGAGAGCUUAUAUGAGAAAUUGUGAUCAACUGUGCAACACUGAUGCUUGUUCGUUUGCUCCACAACAGUGAAGAUGUAGUACAGAGAAAGCACUGGACAAGACAACAGGGAACUGGAGAAAAUAAUAAAAUGAAACUAUAAGCAAAUCUGAAAUAGGACACUUGAGAAGCAGUUUAAUGAACUGAACCCUUCCACUGACCAAAUAUGAACUGUAGGUUAUAUUUAUUGUGCAGAUGACCACAGUGCCUCAUGUUUUUACCACUGUGCCUCAUUUAGGGGAUCCUUAGCACAAAAAGAACAAAUCAGCACUUGAUUGCAAAAGAAGUGUAUAAUUGAAAGAAUGGAAAUUACACUUUAAGCUGUUUGUUUGAGGGUUUAUCUAAUUUGGAGGACCAUUGAUGGGUUGAAUGCUAGAAACGUGUGUGGUCUUUUAUGCAAAUGUCACUGAACAUAUCUCCAGGUUGAGUUGUAUUUGUUAGAAUAAGAUGUACGUCUCUCUAUGCCACCUUGGCAGUGUUACGAGGUUUUCUCUGAUUGGUGCAUCACGUUUCACGUUGUAAACAUAAUUUGAAUUCAGAAACACCUGCAGAAGACCAUUUUUAGGUUUCAUGUCUAGACAGAAAACUGAUGCUGUACUACAUUGUGAUUUUUUUUCUGGAACUCUAAAACUGUUAAGUGUGGCACAGUAUUGGAACGUCUAUCUAAAGCGCCACAGCUUUAAAUUACCUGCUGUCUGUAUGUUUUUUGUUUUUGUUUGUUUGUUUGAAUGGUGCUCUUGGUAAAUAAAAAAUAGACUUUA